AUGAAUGGUCGCAAUGGCCCAUUGUCUCCAGUCUCUGUAGGAGGCAGCGAAUGGUCUGGAAUUUCCAAAUACGGCAACGAUUCCCCCUAUUCUCCCGCCUCGAACAAUCGUGGGCAACUUGCUUCACCGCCUAUAUCUAGUGGGUCGAACGGGACGAUGAACGGAGGAGGAUUCCCUCCAAGAGGAUCUUCCAGUGGCAGCCCUGGUGGCCCGUCUCCUCCAAGCUCGAUCGCGCGAUCAAGUGUGGGAACCGGAUUAUAUGCGCAGAGCGAAAGUGGCAGGAGCAUUAAGGAUUCCCAGUUCGAAGGUGCCUUGUCGGAGCACUAUGUCGCGCUCAAGAGAUAUUUGGCAUCCUCUCUGCGAGAUGAGAAGGGUAACCCCCGGCCGAAUCGGGCUCGAGACAAGCUGCUGCGGUUAUCCGCUGUGCAGUUCCAGGAACUGAGUACCGACGUUUUCGAUGAGCUUCUGCGACGACAACAAGGCGCAAGGCGCCCACCGAAUGGAGGACCACCACCUAAUGGUGGCCCGCCCCCAUACCUGAUGCCAAAGGACUCCUUCCACCCAAAGCGAAAUCAAGCUAGACAGAAGCUGUCAACGUUACCUCCCCCAAGGUUUAAAGACCUUGCAACGGACGUCUUCUUUGAACUGGAGAGGAGGUUUCCCCGGUUUCUUGGGGGUGAUAUAAGCCGAAUUGGGAGUCCCGCGUCCAUGCGAGGACCACCCAGUCGGAGUCAAAAUGGUACUCCUGUGAACGGUGGCCCUCGAAUGCGUAGACCUUCGGAUGCCAGCUCUAUAGCUGCCUAUUCCAUGAGAAGCGAAUCACGAAGCGGACCACGACUUCCAAUGAACGGUGGACUUAAUAUCCCGCCAUCGCCCGGGUUACCCCCUAAUGAUUACGGCCGACCAACGCCAAAGACCUUUCAGAGCAAUACUUUGGUUCCAAAUAAGAGCACGAUGGUAGAGGAUGACGAGACUGGCGGUGAGGAUAAUGAGGAUGAUGAUGGAGAUGCUUUUGGGUUAGAAGGCGCAGCAGGGAAACGAGAAACGAAGAAAGGACCUGGGGGGUCAGAAGCUGAUAAGAAGCUUCUCGAGGACGCCCAGUCGCAAGUUACCGAGUUACGAGAGAAAUUAGAAGCUAUGGAAGCCAACCUCAAGGAGAGGGAAGACGAAUUGAAUAAUGUCCUAGAAGUCGAACGAACGAGGGCAACGGCAACGAAUAUGGAGAAGCAAGAAUGGAACGAACUAAGGCAGAAUCUUGAGACUAAACUUGACGAUGCACAAAAUCUCAACGAGUCUCUCCAAUUGGAAUUAGAGCGUGUCCGAGCCGACCAGGCGAGCGCAGAGAGGGACCUUCGAGCUGAGCUAGAAGGGCUUCGAGCCUCUGGCGGCGGAGCUAGAGGAAUGGGUGGUAACUCGGACCUAGCACAGGAAAAUGAGGAGCUCAGGUCAGAGCUCAUGGAACAGCAGCGUGUGACAGGGGAGGUCCGUAGAGAAGCCCAAGAAUUUCUUGGGGAGAUGCGAAUGCUCUCAGAGCGAACCGAGUCCUCAUACGAGAGAGAGGAACAACUCUCGAGUACCGUCGACAAAUUAGAAGAAGAGGUCAAGGAUUGGAGAAAUCGCUAUGCAAGGACCAAGACGCAAUUACGCAGCUUACGUGCUUCCUCGAUUGGCCUUACGAUUCAGCCGAACGCAGCGCAAUACACCAAGGAUAGUGGUUUCACCGAACCCAAUGGGCUAGUAAAGGACGUCCAUGUCACCAAAUUCCAGAUCUCGAUUGAUGAGCUCCUCCGGAUAGCGCGCACAGAUGAUCCUACGAGGGCUAUUGAAUUUAUGAAGGCCGUUAUUGUCAGCGUACGGGGAAUUACGCAAGAUAUUGACGAAGCUCAACCUAGCAGCGGUGACAUGAGUCAACUCCAAUCGAAACUGAAAUCCCGAGUGUCGGCAACAGCCAACAAUCUGAUCACAGCUUCAAAGAAUUUCGCGUCGGCAAAUGGACUCUCCCCCGUCUCACUGCUUGAUGCGGCCGCUUCGCACCUGACAGCCGCCGUUGUCGAGCUUGUCCGAACGGUUAAGAUUCGCCCUACGCCUGCUGGAGAACUAGAGGACGAUGACAAUGGCAAUCUUGAUCCUAUCGACUCCACAGGGUUCUUCCCAGUCCGGGAUCCAAGACAAAAUAAUAAUCCCCCUCCAUUUCAGGGUCUUCGGAACGGUCGGAUAAGCGGAGAUUCUUCUAUGUAUAGUCCUCUCAACUCCCCACGCGAAUCAGCAAGUGUACGCCCACGAAGCUCUAGAGGCCCCAAUGGAUAUAUGAAUGGGAAUAAGCCCUUUCCACAACCUCCUAUGGGCGUCGGUUUCGGCAUCAGGACGCAAGAUCCUGGUGUCGAGGAUUUGAAGAUCUAUCUUGAAGACCAAACCGCCCUUUUAGUUCAGAACAUCCAAGCACUCGUCUCCUCUAUCCGUUCCGAGGCAGGAAUUGACUCCAUCUCAUCCCAAAUCACGGCCAUCGCGAACAACGUCGGCACAGUCGUGUCCUCGACCGAAAAUGCCAUGUCUACUACAGGCAACAGCGCACUGAGGGUGCAAGGCGAACCCAUUCUGAAUCAACUUUCAAACUGCCGGGCGCGCUUGCUAGAAGCCAAUGACAGGGGCCGAGCUAUUGCCAGAGAAGGUCGAGAUGAUGAUGAAGGGGAUAGAGCUUGGAAAUCGUGGAACCAGCUAUUACCGCCCAUCGCAUUUGAGAUUGCUCGAGAGACGAAAGAACUAGUUCUAAGAGUUGACGUUAUUGACGCGGAGCAAGGACGGCCAGGCGGUGGCGGGGACGAGGAUUUUUCAUGA